AUGGCCGCGUCAUUCGCUCUCUCCCCUGCCCUUCGCCUCGCGCUCGUCCUGCUCCUCGUCUCCGGCGCGCUUCGACCAGCCGAAUCGGAGUGGAUCGGAGCAUCCGGCGGUCCUAGGAAGCGCGUAUCCCUCACACGCCACGCACAUGCGCAGCUCUCGCUACGCAGGCAGCAGCACCAGCAGCGGCCCGCCACCGUCGUUCGCGGCGGCCCAGACGGCAUCGUUUCAGCCGUAGGCUUUCCCCUCGUCCGCUCCGCCGCCUCUGACGGCGCGUCCGACGGCGCCAGCACGAGCGCCAUCUCCCCGGCCGGAAGCGCGCCGAUCAAGUACCACGGCGGCCCCGUAAUGGUGGGCGCACCGACGGUGAACGUUUACCACAUCUACUACGGCAGCUGGGGGGGCGGUUCGGGCAGGGAGGUGAUCGACGCGUUCGUGCAGGCGCUGAGCAGCGACUCGGGCAGCCAGGGCAGCGGCGCGGCGGACGCGAGUGUGAAGGCGUGGUGGGCCAUCAGCGCCGCGUACUACCAGAGCGACGCUGCUGGCGGGAAGAAGAACGUGAGCUCCAAGUCCUCCUAUUCGUCCUCCGCUCCCCGUGCCUCCACCCGCCCCCUUGCUGCCCAUGCAGUUGUGAAGAGCAAGGUGGGAGCGGGCAAGCCUUUGCCGCUGGACCCACAGGGCAUCUACGUGGUGCUACCCAGCGCCGACGUCACGCUGCCUGGCUUCUGCUCGCAGUACUGCGGCUGGCACACCCAAGACUCCCUCAACUCCACGCCUCUGCGCUACGCCUUUGUGGGGCACCACGGGCAGUGCCCCGGCGCAUGCGGGGUAAAGAGCACGUCACCCAACGGCAAGCCGGCCAUCGAUGCCACCAUCUCCACGCUCGCGCACGAGCUCACCGAAGCUGCCACCGACCCGGAUACGAACGCCGGGUGGUUUGACGACGACGGCGAGGAGAACGCCGACAAGUGCGCGUGGAAUUUCGGCAGCACCAAGACGGGAUCCCUGCAGAACGGGCAGAGCUACGAGUACAAUGUGGUGGGGCUGAAUGGCAUGAAGUUCCUCGUUCAGCUCAACUGGGACCGCGUCAAGAGCAAGUGCGUCCUGCAAAACGCCCUUCCUGCUGACAGUACCGGUGGGGGGGGUGGCACUCCUCCCCCGCCGCCGCCUCCCCCGACUGGAGGCAGUGUGAAGAUGACGUGCGAUUGCAACUGUGCGAGUGCCAGCAACCCCAUGAGCUGCCAGUGCUCGUGCACCAAGACAGGGUGA